UAAGAUUGUGUGACAGAAAUAAGAAAACAUUCAUUUGAGUCUCUCUCUCUACAUUUCUCUCUGUUCUUUAUCGAAGUUCUUCUACUGAAACCCUAGAUUUCCUUUCUGUUAAUAAUUACAUGGUUUUUGGAUAACAUUCAAAAUUUUCAUGUUCUUAUCAUUAGUUUUUCCUAUAUUAUAAGACGUGGAUUCGUAAUGUUGCUUAUGUAGUACGUAGCAGUAGAUGUUGCUUAUGUAGUACGCGGCAGUAGUCUUGACUUGAGCUUCGCUUUCUUCAGUCAGUCAGUUGUUCAUCAAAGCUCUCUUCAGUCAGUUGGCAGGUGAAUCUGGUGAGUGCUUUCAAGUUGUUUCUUGCAUCAUCCAUUUUCAUGUCGAUUUUUAGUGACUUCUGGAGAUGGAUUUUUGGCGGUAAAGAUGAGCAUGAUUCUAAUUCUGCUUCUCACGUUCAAAAUCGCACACAAACCCGUUCCUAUGAGCAAUCUCAACCCCCAUUUCCUCCAUCUAAACCACUCUCAUCUCCCUGUAAUCCAUCUUCAUCGUCCCUCAAACCCCCAUUUCCUCCAUCUAAACCACUCUCAUCUCCCUGCAAUCCAUCUUCAUCGUCCCUCAAACCCCCAUUUCCUCCAUCUAAACCACUCUCAUCUCCCUGUAAUCCAUCUUCAUCGUCCCUCAAACCCCCAUUUCCUCCAUCUAAACCACUCUCAUCUCACUGCAAUCCAUCUUCAUCGUCCCUCAAACCCCCAUUUCCUCCAUCUAAACCACUCUCAUCUCCCUGUAAUCCAUCUUCAUCGUCCCCGAAACCUUCCACGUCAUUGUUUAAACCACCGGAAUCUUCUUCUCUCAAUGCAUCGUCUCCAUUUUCUUCUAAUCCCCCUCCGGUAUGUGCUUCAAAACCAUCUCCAUCUUCCCCUACUGGGCCUGCCGUAUCUUCCACUAAGCUCCAUCCAACGUUUAAGCCGGUUCUAUCCCGCGCCUCUUCAAAUGUAUUGGAUCAAAAGGGGAAGAAAAGCUAUGUGUGGGUUGAGAAUGAUUCAUUACCUCUGUUCGCAAUUCCUGACGAUAUCCAAGAUUUGAUCAAGAAUGGCAUCGCACCCAAAGUUCUAAACCAGCCUCUGUCUCCCGCGACAUAUAAGGAUUACUUCGCUGCUCUCUUAUAUGCUGAAGAAUUAUACUACGAGAAAUGGCCUCACUUCGAAUUGGAGAAUGUCCCUGUGGAGUUGCAGGAAGCAGCAAUUUUUAAAAAACCAGACAAAGAAGAGAAAACCUUGGUAGCAUUUGAUAUGGCUUCUUUUCCUUCGAAUCGCCCAUUUCUUUUGUCGAGGGACUUGGUCUAUGUGCGACCAUCGGGGACAAAAGCUGAGCUAUUUCAGGGCUUUAUAUAUCGCGUCGUCAAAAGCAGUGUUGUUUUAGUGGAAUUUGAAGAUAACUUUUAUGUCAAUCACUAUUCGGCCCAAAAAUAUGAUGUCAGCUUCUCAUUCAAUAGGGUCUGUUUGAAAAGAGCUCACCAAGCUGUACAAAAUGCAUCAGAGGCUUUGUUUAGGAACUUCCUCUUCCCUGAGUCUGUUUCGCGUGCGAGUAUUCCCACUGCACCGCGGCUGCUGUGCACCGGUCAUAAACUUGAUCCCAAUCAAUUAUCUGCAGUUUGUCGUAUUUUAAGCAUUCGUGGCUCACCACCUUACCUAUUGGCUGGCCAGCUCUGUGUUGAAAGGAGCGAUUUUGGGCUAUCGAGAACUGGACUGGUGGUUAGUGAAGCAGUGCACCAGUUAUGUCAAACUUCACACGGAAAUAGGAUGCUCAUAUGUGCUCCUAGUAACCGCUGUUGUGAUGGGCUUAUGAGAAGCUUGUUGAAAUGGAUUCCUGAGUCGGACAUGUUUCGAGCGAAUGCUGCAUUCCGCGAGAAAGAUGAGGUACCCGAAGACAUCCUCCCGUCAUGCCUUUACAAAGAGCCCUACUUCUCUUGUCCUCCGACGGAGGAACUUUGUAAAUUCAGAGUGAUCUUCUCCACUUACAUGAGUAGCUUUCGGCUACAUGAUAAGGGCCUAACUGCUGGACAUUUUAGUCAUAUUUUUCUGGUGGAUGCUUCGUCUGCUAUUGAGCCAGAAACAAUGGUGGCCCUGACUACUUUCGCUGACAAGAAUACUACUGUUAUAGUUACCGGUGAACCAGGAAACCGUUCGUCUUGGAUUCGAGCUGACAUUGGAAGGAAUAAGGGGCUGAAGAUUUCAUUCUUUGAAAGACUUUCCAAGUCAGUGCCAUAUAAUAUAGAAGACUCAGUCCAAUGUUCACCACACAAUUGGAGCAUUAUCAAGGAUUCAAGAGUCUGACUCAUUGAACACCUACAGGCUACGGCCUGAACUUUAUGGGUUUGUUUGUCAAGCGCCAUCGAAUUUGUACGUAAUUAUUCGAAUGUGUACGGUAUAUGUUAUCUUUUGGAUGUGUACGUAUAAGUUAUUGUACUGACACGUCUUGGUGUUCUGCAGAUGAUUUCUUGUGUAUUAAGCUUAAAAGUUCAAACCAUUUUCGUAGAUGUCUUGGUUUAUGUAUGCGGUUUAUGAGAUGGAGAUUUUUUAUGGUACUAUGGAGUAUUCGCCACUCCAAAUCUUUUAA